AUGUCCCCUCUCGCUCGCCUUGCCCAAUUCUCUAAACAACUCACUCCCAAAAUGAAGCUCCUCUACCCCACCUCCCUCCACCUUGACACCAAGUCCCUCGAGGGCUUCUCCGUCUCCCUGCACCCCUACGACGUCACCGUACCGAUCCCCGAAUCCCUCAUUGACGCCGACUUCCUCGUAACAUGGAGCAACAAAGCCAGCAAUCUUCAAGAUGCAGCCUCCCGCAUGAAAAACCUCCGCUGGAUCCAAUCCCUAGCUGCAGGCCCCAAUGACGUCCUAAACGCCGGCUUCGACGCCUCCCGCAUAGCCAUAACAACAGGCUCAGGCCUCCACGACGAAACAGUCGCAGAACACACCCUCGGCCUCCUCCUAAAUGCAGCCCGCCGCUUCUACGAAAUGCGCGACUAUCAAAACCGCAAUGUCUGGCCUGCCCAUCUAGGCGGUCCCCAGUCCGAUCGCGAACCAGGGUCCUUCAAGACCCUCAAAUCUGCAAACAUCACCAUCUGGGGCUUUGGCAAUAUCGCAAAGAAACUCGCUCCUGUCCUGACUGCUCUUGGUGCGAACGUUACUGGCGUCGCGCGCUCAAAUGGCGUCCGCAACGGAUAUACUGUUGUUGGGGAGGAUUCACUUCCUGAUGUUUUGUCGAGCACGGAUGCAUUGGUUAUGAUUCUGCCUGGUUCUGAAAGUACGAAUGGGGCAUUGAGUGCUGAGAGGUUGAAGUUGUUGCCUAAACAUGCUUGGGUUGUUAAUGUUGGUCGGGGCACUUCUGUUGAUGAGGAUGCUUUGCUGCAGGCUUUGGAGAGUGGUUCUAUUGGUGGUGCUGCGUUGGAUGUUUUCUCCACUGAGCCACUGCCUGCGGAGUCGAAGCUUUAUGCUGCGCCUAAUUUGAUUCUUUCGCCUCAUGCUGCGGGUGGUCGGCCUCGUGAGGCGGAGGCGUUGAUUGGGUAUAACCUUAGACGCUUGCUUGCUGGGCAGGAGUUGAAGAAUAUUAUCUAG